AUGAAGUUCUCCAGCGCUUAUCUGGCAGUGGCGGGCUUUACAAGUUUUGCCACUGCAGCUUCUCCUGUUGUCCACUCGAAUUCGGGUAUAUAUCAAGGUCGUUACCUUGCUGAGUUUGAUCAAGAUAUCUUCUUAGGCAUCAAGUAUGCGCCCAAGCCCGACCGCUUCGCUCCAGCUAGACUCAUCGACAAUGCGCCGAAGAGGGUGUACAAUGCCACGCAAUACGGAGUUGAUUGCGUAGGCUAUGGGGGGGAUACCAACGCACUAGUGGCCAGCAAUUUGACUCGAAUCGGCGAAGACUGUUUGCAUCUCAACAUCAUCAAGCCGCGAACGAACGAGACCAAGCUUCCAGUUCUCCUGUGGAUAUAUGGGGGCGGCUGGACACAGGGGGCUACAAGUGAUCCACGGUACAACAUGAGCUUCAUAGUGGAGCAGUCAGUGCUGAAUAAGAAGCCUGUCAUUGGCAUAUCCAUCAAUUACCGUAUGGCAGCAUUCGGCUUCUUGUACAGCAAGGAGGUCAAGAAAGCCGGUGCGGAAAACCUCGGUCUUCGCGAUCAGCGGCUUGCAAUGCAGUGGGUCAACAAGCACAUUUCUGCUUUUGGCGGCGAUCCUUCCAAAGUCACUAUAUGGGGCGAGUCGGCGGGUGCAUAUUCUGUCGGCGACCACAUUGCAGCUUAUAACGGCAAGAACAAUGGCCUCUUCCGUGCUGCUAUACUCGAGAGUGGCGGCGCUGUUGGCCCACCGCUGAACGGAACGGAUUGGUACCAGAAAAUGUACAACAACCUAACGGAAACGGUCGGGUGUGCAGGCGCGAAGGACACGCUUCAAUGUCUUCGCGAUGUGCCAUUCGAGACUAUUGCGCCGUAUGGAUAUCGAGGUCUUGAAUGGUUUCAUGUAAUAGACGGUAGCUUUGUCCCCAGAUACGGACAGCAAUCGUUAAAACAGGGAAAGUUUGCCAAGAUCCCGCUCAUCCUUGGUACAAACACGGAUGAGGGAUUCGGUGUCAAUGGUGUAGACAGCGACUCGGAAGCUAUUCAUGAGCUUGUGCACUCGAAGCGCUGGAAUGUCAACGAGAGUGUUGCAGAAACAUUGUUGAAGCUCUACCCGGAUGACCCAGCGCUUGGGCUGCCAUAUGGAUGGGGCAAUCGCACAUGGCCGCAGUUUGGGCUGCAAUACAAGCGAUAUCAGAGCAUUGCGACGGAUCUGACCAUGUACGCCCCGAGAAGGUUAUUGGCUCGAAGCAUGAGCGAGCAUGUGGACCGUGUAUACUCAUAUCGGUGGGACGCACCAAAGUUCAACAACACACCAGAUAAUAUCGGGAUCAACCAUUUCUCCGAGAUACCGUUCGUCUUUGGCAACACGGAACAGCAGAUGACGCCGUUGGGGAGCGCACCCGAGAACCUCGCGCUCUCCAAGCUUGUGAUGCGCAUGUGGACGGCUUUUGCCUACGAUCUGGAUCCCAACGGUCAUGGAGUGCCGAGUACGCCUGAGUGGCCAAGUUACGCAGACGAGGCCAACAAUUUUGUGUUCCGCAAGGACCGAAGCUAUGUCGAAGGAGACAGUGACCGGGAAGAAGGUGUGGCGUAUAUUAAUAGCCUAGUGCGGUGA